UUCUUCUCCACAGCAUUUUGGCUAUAUCUCCCCCGCUAGAUCGUGGGAGACAAAACCCUAGAUUAUGGCGAAGGAGACACAGCAUCCGUCGUCUUCUCCGGCGAUGGCGACGGCGGUAACCGGUACGGCCUCCACGGCGUCGGCGUCUUCGUCGCUGUCGUUGUCGUCGACUAACGCGUUCUCGUUCCUAUCGAAGGGGUGGAGAGAGGUCUGGGACUCGGCGGACGCGGACUUGCAGCUGAUGAGGGAUCGUGCCAACUCGGUGAGGAACCUCGCGUCGACGUUCGACCGGGAGAUCGAGAAUUUCCUGAACAAUUCGGCGAGGUCUGCGUUCUCCGCUGGGACGCCAUCAGCGUCGUCGUUCUCCGGUGAGAUCGGUAUCAUGAAGAAGCUUCAGCCGAAGAUAUCGGAGUUCAGGAGGGUGUAUUCGGCGCCGGGAAUCAGCCGAAAAGUGAUGGAGAGGUGGGCACCGGCAAGGGCGAAGUUGGGGAUCGAUUUAUCGGCGAUUAAGAAUGCGAUUGUGGCUGAGAUGGAUCUGGAUGAGCGUGAGGGGGUUCUGGAAUUUGGUGGCAUGAGGAGACGACGGAGAAGGGAUACGAGGGUUAGGUUUAGGGAGUUUUGGGCAGAGAGAGAUGAAGCUGAGAGGGAAGGGGAAGGGAAUUUCGGAGAUUGGGAACCGAUUAGGGUUUUGAAGACGAGAUUAAAAGAGUUCGAGAAGCGAAGCUCUUCAGAAAUUUUGAGUGGGUUUAAGAACAGCGAAUUUGUGGAGAAGCUCAAAAUCAGCUUGAAAUCAAUCUACAAAGAGCCUGAAGAGGCAAAGGAUGUGCCCCCACUGGAUGUACCAGAACUUUUGGCAUGUUUGGUUAGGCAGUCUGAACCCUUUUUGGAUCAGCUUGGCGUAAGAAAGGAUAUAUGCAACCGGAUAGUAGAAAGCCUAUAUAAAUGCAAGAACCAGCUGUUUUGGCAACCACCUUCUGCCCAAGCAUCAGAUUUAGUCGAGAGUGAUAGUAACCCAUGCGAUGACUUGGACUUGAGGAUAGCCAGUGUCCUUCAAAGUACAGGACACCAUUAUGACGGUGGCUUUUGGACUGAUUUUGCAAAGCCUGAAACCUCGGACCGUAAAAGGCAGGUUGCCAUAGUCACAACAGCUAGUCUUCCUUGGAUGACAGGAACAGCUGUAAAUCCACUGUUCCGAGCAGCAUACUUGGCAAAAUCUGCGCAACAGAAUGUCACACUCUUGGUCCCUUGGCUUUGCAAAUCUGACCAGGAGCUAGUUUAUCCCAACAAUCUCACGUUCAGUUCACCGGAGGAACAGGAGAGUUAUAUACGUAAAUGGCUCGAAGACAGGAUUGGUUUCAAGGCUGAUUUUAAAAUCUCCUUCUAUCCAGGAAAGUUUUCAAAAGAAAGACGCAGCAUAAUACCUGCCGGGGAUACGUCUCAGUUUAUACCCUCAAAAGAUGCCGACAUUGCUAUACUGGAAGAACCUGAACAUCUAAACUGGUAUCAUCAUGGCAAGCGGUGGACCGAUAAAUUCAACCAUGUAGUCGGGAUUGUGCACACGAACUAUUUAGAGUACAUCAAGAGGGAGAAGAACGGGGCCCUUCAAGCGUUUUUCGUGAAACAUAUAAACAAUUGGGUCGCCCGAGCAUACUGUGACAAGAUUCUUCGUCUAUCAGCUGCUACCCAAGAUUUGCCCAAGUCUGUGAUAUGCAAUGUUCAUGGUGUGAACCCGAAGUUCCUUAAAAUCGGGGAGAAAAUCGCAGCGGAGAGGGAGAGUGGUCAACAAGCUUUCUCGAAAGGUGCUUAUUUCUUAGGGAAAAUGGUGUGGGCUAAAGGAUACAGGGAAUUGAUCGAUCUGCUGGCUAAACACAAGAGUGAUCUCGACGGCUUCAAUCUGGAUGUCUACGGAAAUGGGGAAGAUGCACUCGAGGUCCAGAGCGCUGCAAAGAAGCUUGAUCUCAAUCUCAACUUUCUCAGAGGAAGAGAUCAUGCAGAUGAUUCCCUUCACGGGUACAAAGUCUUCAUAAACCCGAGCGUGAGCGACGUUCUCUGCACGGCAACCGCAGAGGCGCUCGCCAUGGGAAAAUUCGUCGUUUGUGCGGAUCACCCAUCGAACGAGUUCUUCAGGCUGUUCCCGAACUGCCUAACCUACAAAUCAUCCGAAGAUUUCGUGGCCAAAGUGAAAGAAGCUCUCACCAACGAUCCUCAACCUCUCACUCCCGAGCAACGGUACCACCUCUCGUGGGAAGCGGCGACACAGAGAUUCAUGGAAUAUUCCGACCUGGAGAAGAUCCUAAACGCGGAAACAAGCGAUUCAAACGCAGACGCAGGCAAGGUCAUGAGGAAAUCGGUAUCGAUGCCGAGCCUAAACCAAAUGGUCGAUGGUGGGUUAGCAUUCGCGCAUUACUGUCUGACCGGCAACGAGUUUCUAAGGCUAUGCACGGGAGCAAUACCGAAGACGAGAGACUACGACAAGCAACAUUGCAAAGACCUGAAUCUUUUGCCUCCUCAGGUUCAGAGCCCUAUCUAUGGCUGGUGAUAACAACUGUAAGUAUCUUUGUCUUGUUUUUUUUUUCUUUUAAAUUAUUUUGGGAGCUGUUGUCUUUGUUAUAGUUUAAGAUUGGUCGUGAUGCCACUACUAAUAAUGUUAUUAAUUAAUUAGUCACGCGGUCGAAUACGAUUAGUGUGUUUGUGAAAUAGGGUAUGAUGGAUAUAUAUAUAUAUAUACAUAGAUAGGUGCCAUGCCACAAGUAUUUUUGUAGUGUAAUAUGAUUGUAACGACAGUUUUUACGUUAAUUAUUUUUCUUUUUGGGUUUGUGUGCA